AUGAACUCGUCGAGUGGAUCAAGCGGGACGGCCUCGUCCAAGCCCAGUCUCCGUAAGCCAGCGUCGACGACGCUUUUGAGCUCACACAGCUCUCCUCCAACGUCCUCUACAACGCCUACAAGCGGCUGGAAGAGCAUUUUCCGCAUCCCGAGCUCGAAAAAGCUCAAUGCAGUCCCACCGCCAUUGGACACUGUGCCCAACGACGAGCACGCGUCGUCGCAGGAACACGGCUCGUAUCAUUCUUCACGCUCGUCUGGAUCAGAUCAGUUUACACCCUCGCCCGUCGCAGCCAACGACUCCGCGUCGUCGUACCGCAACGGCAAUAGCGGCGCCUUUGUAGUGUCUCCGUCGAGUUACAAGCCCCCUCAUCCACUCCCAGCCGGUCCAAAUCCACAAAACUCGCCAUCUUCUGCCAGCCCCGUCCAGGCCCCACGUCGCCAGCGGUCUGGCUUUCUCUCUCGCAAAGUCUCUUUGGCAAAGCAGCAUGCACCGCUCACCGCACAACCGUCUCAGCAGUCUUUUCAACAGAAUCCACAAUCCCCAUCCCACCAGCUGGGCAACGGCAUCGCCGGGGGCCCGAUCCCCACAAGUCCAAAGUCCUCUAUUGGCUCCGCCGCUCGCUUUUUGCGCCGAGUCGCGUCGGCUCCGAAUGCCAAAGGUCUCCUCAGUCCGAGGAACACAGCAUCAACGACAAAGAAUGGCAUGCUCGCGCCCAACCUCGAGGUUCCUCCACCUUUGCCUGCUGCUUCGUCCGACAAGGGCGGGUCGAUUGAAACAAACUCGUCCCAGUCGUCUGUACGUGGAUCGAGAGCAAAUCGCUCCCUAACCGCUUCCUCUGUCCAAAAAGUCGACCAGCCCACGCGACAAGCCUUCCGACGUACCUAUUCCAGCAACUCCAUGAAGCACCGCGCCGUCGAAGUGCGCCCCAGCAGCUUCCAAAAGAUUAAAAUGCUUGGAAGAGGCGAUGUUGGCAAGGUAUAUCUUGUUCGAGAGAAAAAGACGGACAAGCUAUUCGCUAUGAAAGUCCUCUCAAAAAAGGAGAUGAUUGCUCGAAACAAAGUCAAGCGUGCCCUUGCAGAGCAAGAGAUUCUCGCCUCUGCGAACCAUCCAUUCAUCGUCACCCUCUACCAUUCUUUCCAGUCAGAGGAUUAUCUCUAUUUUUGCAUGGAGUACUGUCUCGGUGGCGAAUUCUUCCGUGCACUACAAUCUCGUCCCGGAAAAUGUCUGUCCGAAGACGAUGCGCGCUUUUACGCCGCAGAAGUGACCGCCGCACUCGAGUACCUCCACUUGAUGGGCUUUAUUUAUCGAGAUCUUAAACCCGAGAACAUUCUCUUACAUGAAUCGGGUCAUAUCAUGUUAUCAGAUUUCGACCUCGCCAAGCAGUCGCAAGAACCGGGUGGUUUACCUGCGGCUGUCGUUCAAUUCGAGAACGGGGUCCCCAUUGUCGAUACUCGAUCGUGUACCGUCGGUGUUCGGGCAAACUCUUUUGUCGGGACUGAAGAAUACAUUGCGCCAGAAGUGAUCAACAGCUCUGGUCACACGUCAGCAGUUGAUUGGUGGACGCUUGGUAUUCUUAUUUACGAAAUGAUCUUUGCGACCACCCCGUUCAAGGGCCAGAACCGACAGCAAACGUUUAGCAAUGUGCUCACUCGCGAGGUCACAUUCCCUGCAGAGCCACGAAUUACAGCUGCCGGCAAAGAGAUUAUCAUCCGGCUCCUUCACAAGGUCGAAGACAAGCGGCUAGGUAGCCAGAGCGGUGCAAGUGAAGUCAAGGCACACAAAUGGUUUGCAAAAGUCACUUGGGGAUUGCUACGAAACGAAAAGCCCCCGAUCAUCCCCAACAUUGUCAACGCUCAAGAGACCAAUUUCCGGCACAUUCGAGAGUCUCAUUCGCUUGAUUUGGAACGCCAGAUGCUCACCCACCAAUACACGACGUCACCGUCUGUUCCACCUACACCAGGCUCUGCAUGGCAGGAUGGGAUCAAUUCGGCUGCGGGUUCUGGAGAGUGGCCAGGUCCGGGGACGCCGCUGGCCAACGGCGCGUCGCCAUCGCAAAGCCGUCGCGCUAGUCCUCGGAUGAGCCCGUCGAGCCCGCUUCCCAAAGAGGACGCGUUUGGCGCUUUCAAUAGCGUUACCAUCUUGCACUCGUGA